UCACCCCUAACAUCGACACACUGGCCGCCGAUGGAGUAGUACUCGACCACUACUACACACAACCACUUUGUAGCCCGAGUAGGGGUGCGCUCAUGACUGGUGUGCACCCCAUACACACUGGUCUACACAACUUUGUACUUCGGAGCUCAUCGCCCACUGGUCUACCCUUGGAUUUCAAACUAUGGCCACAAUAUCUCAAACAACGCCAUAAUUACGCCACACAUAUUGUCGGCAAAUGGCACUUGGGCUUUGCCCGCAAGGAAUACACGCCCACAUACCGGGGCUUUGACUCGCACGUGGGCUAUUGGGGCGGUUCUGAGUAUUACUACAAUCACACAUUUUGUGACGUCGAUGGUGUCUGUGGUCACGACUUCCGUCACAAUAUGGAUGUCAUAACAAACGCGUCGGUCGUUUACUCCACCGACUAUUUCACCGACCGGUGCCUUCAUAUCAUUGACCAACACAACACCAGUCAACCCAUGUUCCUAUACGUGCCCUAUCAGGCGGUCCACUCAUCAGGCGUGGCAAACAUACUGGAGUUACCCCCGAAAUACACGGAUAUGUUUUCGCACAUAUCAUCGGCCGAUCGGCAAACGUUCGCCGCCAUAGCCUAUAGUAUGGACGCCUCUAUUGGGGCGGUUAUGGAGGCGUUGCAUAACAAGCAUAUGUUGAACAAUAGUAUUGUGAUAUUUAUUAGCGAUAAUGGCGGCGAUCCCCGAGAGUUUAUG